AUGACCCGCGCGCUAUUCGCCUUUAACACUCAAGGACUUCGCCAUCAAUGCCUGAGGUUGCGGUCUUCCAGACAGCGCUCCAUCGGUUUACCUCGAGCCGUCUCCUCGACUGAACAAUCGGCGAAUGAAAUUAAUUUUUUCUGGAGAAAAGCCUUUGCUGAAAUCGAUGAUGCCUCAAACUUCGAUGAGAUCUCUUCACAUUCGACCUCCUCAAAUGAUGUUUAUCCCGAUGACGGAAGUAGAGAAAUAGAGCUUACCAUAUCCGACAAAGAUGCUCCCCUUUCUAAAUGGCGUUUUAUGAAUUCCAGCAAAGAACUAGGGCUCAACAGUCAAUCACAUGGACUAUGGGAUAAUAACACUCAUCAGAAGACUCAUUCGUCUGUACCAAAGGCAACCAGACCGAGAAUCCAAGAUAUUGACCGAGAACUCAGUAAAUAUCGUUUUUAA